AUGAAUGUUUUCUUCCCGGUCUAUCAGUUCUCGGGCCACCCUAGACGGUGUUGGACUGAAUACUGCCAAAGGAUCUUGAUAAAGGAAAAAACAACAUCAUUCUCAGUAUCACGCCCAGGUUCACAAAUCUCGCAUGUCCAGCCGAAGAGGACAGUCUGGAAACUUGAACUAGGCUACAAGAGAUGCUCUCAUGGCCUGAUUGGAUGCAAGACGGGAUUUCAAGUCUUCAGCCCCCAAGCUGUCACCUGGGGCAUGAAUGAGAUAUGCAGAAGCGACAUGCAGGUAGGGACGAGGAGGCGUCCACAUUCACGAGGCUGCGUCCACAUUCACGAGGCUGAAGUCCUCUUGACCGGAAAUAUGCAAGGUGCUGCAAACUCCGGCUCCCGCUCAACUGAAAUCACGGUGCGAAUGCUGAGACCUUUUCAAGGAGCCUUGCAUGGACCAGGCCACCAUGGGUUAGCUGGAGCUAUGGAAGAAGCUCCGCACUUCCCUUUAUUCUUUUUUCACUGCAGCAGGCUGUCAGCUUCAGCGCACGGCGAGUGGAAGUUUGAUAGCCGUCUUGAAUCAUGGCUCAAUUAUACCCACACUCGAACGUCGUGUCUCAAAAGUGAGCAAUAG